AUGAGCAGCAAUCACAGAUCCCCCGAUCACGAGGAUCAUGGAGAGGAUUGGCUCGAUAACUUGCGGCGAUUUGAUGUGAAUGUUGACCCUGAGGGCGAUGACGACGACGAUGACGAGGAUCAGGAUUAUGAGGACGCCCAGGAGGACGGAGAUGAGGACGGAGAUGAUGGAGAUGAUGGAGAGGAUGAAGACGAUGAGGGAAGCGAGGAAGAUGAAGAAGAGGACAAUGGAGAAGGAGGGGGGAUUGAGUUUGAGGUCUUCAUUGAGGAACUCCUCGGGAACUCCGGGACGCAAGGUGAGGGCUCCCACAACCAAGCCGGCGGCGGGGAACAGGCUGCCGCAGGACCUCGAAGACGCGUAGUGAGGAUUGGCGGAGGAGGCCGGCACUGGCGUCCCUUCCUUACCCAGAGAGAAUUCUUGGCUCUUCUCCGGGGGCCGUACCUCAACUCGGCGAUAUUCAAUGGCGAGGGCGGUGAGGGCCAUCGCUCUUCUUGGGGCCCAAGGAGGAACAACAAGCGGUUUCCCAAGGUCCCAAGCGACGAGGGCAGGAAGUUGAUGGACUCGGGCGUUUUCGGUGCCUACGACAGGAGAAUGCCCGCCCGCAAGGCUCUGGCUCGCAGGCUUCUGGAUCGGGAACUGGGCCUGAACGGCUCGACAGGUCAGAAGGUCAAUCAAGGCCUCAUGGCUCAGGCCAUGAUACCGUCCUCGAAACCCGAGAUGGUCGUUCACUACGAUGACCCCGUUUGCUGCGGGCAGUUCUCGGAUGACGGCAACUUCUUUUACACAUGUCCCCUCCAGGACUUCAAGGUUCGGCUGUACGAUACGUCGAGCCCGUACAACUGGAAGCACUACAAGACCGUCACGUACCCCUUCGGGCAGUGGACCAUGACCGAUGCGGACCUGAGCCCGGACAACAAGUGGCUCGCCUUCUCUUCCCUGCAGCCGCACGUGGGGAUCGCGGCGACGGAUCCGAAUGACACGGGCGACCCAUACUCCCUGGAUUUGUCCGAUGGCGGCCAAUCUGGGAGGAACGACUUCAUCUUCGGCGGCUUCGCCAUCUUCUCGGUGCGCUUCUCGGGAGACGGGCGCCACAUCGUGGCCGGGACAGGCAACAACUCGAUCGUAGUGUACGACAUCGAACGGCGCAGGUCGCUGCACCACGUCCCGGGCCAUCAAGACGACGUGAACGCCGUGUGUUUUGCCGACAAGCUGUCGCCCCAUAUCCUCUACUCCGGGUCGGACGACUGCACUAUCAAGGUCUGGGACACGCGCAGCAUGGGUGAUGGCCGGGAGGCCGGCGCGUUCGUCGGCCACGUCGAGGGCUUGACGUACAUCGACAGCAAGGGGGACGGCCGGUACAUCCUCAGCAACGGCAAAGACCAGAGCAUGAAGCUGUGGGACCUGAGGAUGGCCAUGUCGACCUCGCGGUUCGAGGAGCUCGACCCCACGGCGGUGACGAGGAACCGCGAGUACGACUACGACUACCGUUGGCAGCCGUACGAGGACUACCAGUGGUUCCAGCACCCGUACGACAACUCGCUCGUCACCUUCCGCGGCCACGAAGUCCGGCGGACGCUGAUCCGCUGCCACUUCUCGCCGCCCAACAGCACCGACUCACACUACGUCUACUCUGGCAGCCACGACGGAUACAUCUACAUCUGGAACCUCGAUGCCACCAUCGCGGCCAAGAUUGACGUCAAAGCCGCCACGCGAGCAUCGAGCGUCCAGCCGCGGCCGGAGAGGCGGCACCGCUUGCACCACCGGUACUCGAAUGGCUGGGAGUCCAUGGUCAGAGACGUCGGUUGGCACCCCAAUGCGCCCAUGCUCGUCGGUUACGAGUUCGGCACCGCGUCAUUGCAUUCGUUCAACGAGGGUGAGUCUGACGAGGGCGAUCCGACGAUGGUCACCGGGACUACGUCCCAAUUUCUUCCGAGCGACUCGACACGGCCGUCGCGCCCUCCGAUCCAGCGAACCAUUGGCGCCUAGUGCCACAACCGCGUGCCAUCCCCGCCGCCCGCCCACAACUAACUUCCCAGCUUCUCCCGGUAGCUGAAAUCAGGUCGCUUCUGAGAGAGGGAAUACGUGCAGACCAAAGGACCGCAUUUGAGAUUGUGAAUCUCGGUUUAGUGCGAGUCAAGAACACCGGGAGUUCGCAGUUUCGUGCAAAGCAGACGGGCCUUCAGCGCCUACACUACCUGUACUUGUCGGUCGACAAGACCGUGGAAAACGAACAAAAAAGAGGGGAGGGCAAGACUUAAAGGCACAAGACGAGAAAGACCCGCCUCCUGUCACAGGACUGACAGCGAAGAGCUGUAUCUUGAAAUCUUUCUCUCUUCAAAGGGGGCGGCCCUCGCUUCUCGGUGAUCGUCGUGUCUGGGGGAUUGGAAUACGAUCCUGUAUCUCUAAUCCAUAGCCAGGCGUUCAAUUAACAUUUGAAUUAUCACGCAACAGCAGGUUCUAGGCCCCGUUGCUACCGCCAGAUUCUCGAUCGACGGCCCUUGGACCGCGCAAGCAUAUCACCAUGGCUGAAGAAGAGUUUGAAAUCGACGUCUAUGGCGACUCGGCCAAUGAACACGGCGACUCAACCAAUGAUCACGGCGACAACGACCAUGGCAACCAUGACGAGCAUGGCCAUGACCAUGGCGAUGACACCGGCUACGAGGGCGAGGACGGCCAGAACACAAACGGUGACCAUCAGGGCCAUGAUGAUUAUCAGGAGGAACAUAGAGAAGACAACAUGGACGACGGCGGCGCCGCCGACGACCAGAACCAGUCCCACAGUCCCGCCGCCCAGCGUCCCCAGCAGGGCGUGAAGCGCAAGGAGGGUUCUGACGAGCGCCCGGUCGACCCCGGUGCCACCACGGCGCUCAUGAUCUCGGAGCUCAACUGGUGGAAUACCGACGACGACAUUCGCGGCUGGGUGCGCCAGGCCGGCUGCGAGGCCGAGCUCAAGGACAUCACCUUCAGCGAGCACAAGAUCAACGGCAAGAGCAAGGGCCAAGCCUAUGUGGAAUUCACCACCCAGCAGGCUGCCACUGCCACCAAACAUCGCAUUGACGCCCUGGGAAACGAGCUCAACCAGCCCGGCCAGAAGCGGCACAUUGUCAUCUACUCGUCUCCGAACCACAACCCCUUCCGCACCCUGCCCAAGGAUGCCCCCAACCGGGCUGCCAAGGACGCCCAGGGUCGCGCCGUCUCCGGCCCCAUGUACAACGACCGCAACACCAACUUUGGCGGCAAUCCCAACUUUGGCGGUUUCCGCGGUGGCCGCGGCGGCUUUAACGGGCCCCGGGGCGGCGGCGGCAUGAACCAGGGCGGCUUCAACCGCAACUUUGCCGGCGCCAACAUGAACUCGUUCAACGCCAACAACAUGGGCUUCAACAACCCCAUGGGCGGCGGCGGUUUCGGCGGCGGCGGCUUCAACCGCGGCGGCAUGAUGGGCGGUGGUAUGCGCGGCGGUGGAGCCAUGCGC